CAACUGUCCAACAUGUCGUGCAGCCUUCUAAUUAAUCAUAAGAGGGCAAAACAACAAGUAAACCAGCAGAAGGAAAACUUAUUGCGGAUCAGGGUGUUAGCAGAUGCCUGCUGAAAGAAAGACAAUUCAAAGAAAUUGAGGCCGUCACCGCGGUAGAAAAUUCUCGUAAUUGUACCGAGGGUUCUUCAGCUCUCUAUGUGGGUGAUGAAAAUAAGCCGGAAAUAAGAACUGCUAAGCGGCCGGAAACGGAAGGGAGUUCAAGGAGAUGAUCUUGGAUACGAAUCAAAUCCACCGCACUGCAGAUAUCCUUGUAGCUUAACUCGGUUAUAAAGCUGCCAAAGUAUUGAAACUCAGCAAAUUCCUUUCGCGUGAAUCUAAAAGAACACAGGAUUAUUGGCAAAGGGCUAAACUACCAACAGAAAUAGAGCUACCGUGACUACGAAACCCUUUAACUUGAAACGUAAUAGGACUGUGAAGACCCCGAGAGCAAAAUGUGGCUGAGGAUCUCGUGGAUUCUUUUGACGACUAGGAUAUUGUUGUCAAAUGCUGAAUUGCCAAGCGACAAUGACGACGAAGAAGAGAGCUCCAGUCCAAGGAGUAUGCCGGAUUUCUGGUUGUUUGGCGACAUCAAACUAACAGGUCAUCAAAAAGUUCUACUUGAUGUGCCAGAGGGCGCGAAGGAUUAAUUUGGUUCUCCACGAAAACCACCGGCUGCCACACGAGAGAAGACCUUGCUGUGGGAUAAUGGAGUCAUACCGUAUGAGUUUGACUGCAGCUUGAAAAACAUGCCUGAACUACAAAGAAUAAUUCGACUGGCUAUGAAUGACUGGGAAUCGAAAACCUGCCUCAAGUUUAUAGAAAGAACCAACGAGAAGGAUUACGUCAAUUUCUUUCGGGGAACUCAUUGUUACAGCACAGUAGGCAAGGUUCGCAAUGGACCCCGGGAAGUGUCUGUUGGAUUCGGGUGCGAGUACCAUCACGUGAUGGCGCAUGAGUUAGGUCACGUGAUUGGAUUUUGGCACGAGCAGAGCAGACCCGACAGAGACGAGUACGUGAGGAUAAUUUGGAAAAACGUGAACAGAGGCUGGGAGCACGCAUUCCUCAAACAGACGUGGCAAGCUGUGGACUCUUUGGAUACGCCGUAUGAUUACAACAGCAUCAUGCACUACCGACUUAACGCUUUCUCGCGAUCAACGAGAAGAAAAACAAUUGUACCCCUGAAGAAGGAUGCGCGCAGGGUCCGACCCUACAGAAAGAUAUCGAAGAUUGACGUGAUUCAAGUUAAAAGGAUGUACAAUUGUGAUGCUAAGAAUCAAAGAUUUUUUAAUGAUUCAAGACUUGAAGCUAUGAGACGAGCAAAAAGAGCCAUUGGCGGAAGAGGAUUGGUAACAAUCAGAGGAUCCAGUCUUAGCUCAAAAGAAGGUAAAAAAAAAAUAUAUCUAAAUGAUUGA